UGGGAAGAGAUAAACGCUUCGGUGAUUCCAGUUCGGCUCGGUGGGAGGGCUGGGAGGAGGACGGUCGAAGAGAUCCCAUGCGGAGCGAAGCUGACGAACGGACGGGAUUUGUCAAUGUCAACGAAUGAGUGAUGUCAUCACUGGCACGUGUCUGGUGCAGACCCGGUCUCGAGUCGAGCCCGCAGACGGCCAGGAUUGCUGAUUAUGAUAGAGCUGGCACUCAGCGGUGGUCUGCGGAGACGAGUGGACAAACGGACACAGGAUUUUUCAAUGAAUGAAGUCAUCACUGCUGCGUGUCUGGUUCAGACAUACUCUCGAGUUGAGUCAACAGACGGCCGGGACUUGCUGACAACGCCAUAGCUGGCACACACCGAGCUCUGCGACUGUCUGUCCCAACAACGAAAAUGUCAUCGGGAACACCCAUCUCAUCGCCUUCGCCUGGGGGACGGCCAAUUAAGCUGCUAUCUGCGAUGGUGCUUCAAAGUGGAAAUGGAAGUCGUACGUCCUAGAGAUGCAUGCUAACGGUUGCGGGGUAUCGAAGCCGUCCUCCAGACAGUGCAAGGUGUGGAUUGUCGAAAGGGGAGGGUGCAUUCCUCUUCUUGGAUACUGUUCUGCCGAGGUGGGCAAAGUGUGGUGUGUGGGAGGACGGAAAGCGAACCGCAGUGGGCAUUUUCUCUCACGAAGAUCAGCGGCUGUAAGACAAGGAGAAGUCGGGAUUUAGAUCGAUCAAACGGUGCAGAACCGGCUCAGAAUCGUGGGAGUGUGGAUGUGAUUUGGGAAGCGCUCUUUGAGGUGGAAGAGGUUGCGGACACAAGUAAGUGGCGGAGGGAGAAAAAGAGGUGGGAGGAAGUAGAGGAAGAUGAUUAAGGGGAGCAGUGAAUGGAAUGAGAUGAUGUGGCUUGAUGCAAGGGUUGCCAUUGGGGUAAGGGCGCCAAGGAUGAGGAGGGGUAGGUUUCCAACAACAUGCCUGCUAUCACCAGGGACACAUAAGUCGUAGUAAUAGGAGGAGGGGUCGUAGUAAUAGGAGGAGGGGCCAUUCCUCAAACCCAGAACAGGACGGGAAGAGGGGGAGGAAGAAAGGGGUUGGUGUUGCUUGAACCCUAAAAUAGGACGGGAAGGGGGGUGGGGCGGGGGUGAACUGGGGAGGAAGGUGUUCAAGGAGAGUAGGAGUAGAGGCAAGGGAAUCUGUCUCCGGUCGUGGGUGUUGGGGAAGUGGAGCGAGAGUAUAAAGAGGAAAAUCUUAAGGAGAGAGUGAGGAAUUGGAAAAGAUUUGGCGAAUUUGUAGCAGGGGAGAAAAUGCCGCGAAUUACGAUGGAUGAUGAUGUUCAGAGCCUUGUCCGUAUAGCUUGUGCCGGAGAUGGGUUGGUUCUUGGGCUGGGAAUGGGUCUGCUGGCGCUGCGUGAGUGGUGGGAGUAUCGGCAACAUGGAAGUGCGCUCCGGAUGAUCCAGGAGACUUCUGUGACACGGCUUUCGGAUGCGCGGAUGAUGGUCUCCUCAACUGCCACCCCUGCUGUUUCGAUGUCCGCCUCUUCGGCUUCGUCCUCGUCCUCGUCGUCUGCAACUGUGCCGGCUAUGGCAGUGGUGACUGCAUCAUCAUCGUUUGCCGAUGUGGAAGGCAGCGGGUUUGCCAGCACCAGUGAAUCAGGUGGGGUCCAUAAAGGUGGCAGAAAUGGAGCUGCAGGUGUACCCACUGGGGCAGUUGGCGAGAGUCAUCCCCCGCCACCUAGGGGUAGUGGCCGUGCUGCACAAGUGGGAUUUGUCGGGACUGCCAAACUGACUGGUGUUGGUGUGCGGCAGCCACGAACAGUGAUUGCCGGAGCUGGAGGCGGAGGGGUAGGAAGCGGAGGAGGAGGUGGCAGUGCGGGUGGCGGUGCCGGUGGAGUGGAUCAUCGCCGCCAGCAGCAGGCGCCACCAUCGUCAUCUCCCCCAUCUACAGAACGCUUCAUCAUUGUUCGGGGUAAGGUGCAGGCAAAGUCCAUGACAGAGGUGAUUAGGAGCCGAAAGGGUGAGAUGCUUAACAAACAGAUGGCAGAGAGCGGGCGGGAUUUCAAAGGGGUAAUCUGGGAGAAAACGCAAACCUAUCUGUAUAACGAGAUGAGGGGUUUGUUUGGCUGGAUGACCCAGCAGAAGGAGCAGAUCGGGGUUUCGCGACGGACAGUGUCUUUCGGACUCUCCGAAAACCCCUCGUCCAGAGAUUCAUUUGUGGCAGUUGAUACCAGUGGUUCCCGACAAUCGCUCCCACUGGUCAGCGUCUACAAGAACGUCAUCCCUGCCGAACCGUCAUCUUCGACAGCGAUUUUCCACCUUCUUUUUGGGCAGAGAUAUCCGGUAGGGUUGUUGGAAGAGGAGCGGAUGCUGUUGGUGAAUCAGGAGGUCACAGCGGUGGGGCACCUGUACCAAGGACCAGAUGGAUUGCCCACUAUCAAGGCAAGGAAGGACUUCCCGGUAUUCCUGACGGACAAAGACAAGGAUGGGUUGGUCCGUUCGAUGGUCCGUGAUUCAAGGUUUUUGUGGUGGACAGGUGUGUUCUUCACAGUGGUGUCUGGAGGCAUCUUGGCGUAUUCAUUGUUCAAACACGCAUGGCGAUGGAAACAGGAGAGGAGGAGGAGGAGGGGAUUACUCCUUGGGAGAGGGGUUGGCGAUGGUGCCUAUGAUGGUAUCGUAGAUGGGAGUUCGACCACAUCUGGCCUUCAUCUUGUUGAUGAGGAAAGUGACGAAGAAGGGGCAAUUGGAGAUGGGGAACUAUGUUGUGUCUGUCUGACACGUAGGCGUCAGGCUGUGUUCCUGCAGUGUGGACAUCGGUCGUGCUGCUUUCGAUGUGCCAUGGUCGUUGCUGAACAGCCUAGUGCCUGCUGCCCUAUGUGUCGACGGGUCAUCACAGGAGUUGUCCGUGUGUACGACCCCUAGAAGACACCAGGGGAGAUGAAGGCACACCACCGUCUUCUCUCUCUCGGUCUUUAUUGCUGAUCUCACUUUCACCUCCUCUCUCUCUCUCUCUCUCUCUCUCUCUCUCUCUCUCUCUCUCUCUCUCUCUCUCUCUCUCUCUCUCUUCCCCCUCCCCCUCCCCGUCCCUGACAUUCUCCCUCGUGACUCGCCGUCCUUGGCUCCCACUACCAUCUGUCCAUUCUUUUCCUACCGCUUUCACUCUCUGAUCUGUGGUCAAAUUCUUACUUUGGCAUUUCAACGCGUCUGCUCUUCCGGUUUUGCCUCUUCUCAUUCUGUUCUUUUCUCAUCUGUUUCUCCCUUCCGCUCCUCUCACCGUGUGUGAUCCCCAGUCACCUUUCUUGAUCCCCCUCCUCCCUCCCACCUCCUUAAACCCCCCACACCGAAGAAAACACUCCCUUUGCUCCCCCUGCCCAACCGAGUCUGGUCGCCUUGCCUUGCUUGUUGUUCUGCCUUGUUGGGACUUAGGACUGGCCCUGGUGCCCCAAUGUUGAAUAAGAAGGGUCGAGUUGUCGAGUCUUGUCCCACCCCUCAUUGUAUAUAUCUACAAAUUGUAUUAAAGCCUUGUUGUCCCCCCCCCCCCCACCACCACCACACGAAGAAAAGUGACGUGAAGAAAUUAGGGAGGAGUGUGACAUGUGGAUGCAUGUGCCAUGUGGGCAUCGCUACCAGUGUGUGAUUAAAUGUUGAGUCUUAAUCUGCCACUUCUCCCAAUGGGGUGCUAAACCCUACAGCGCUUAGGAAAGCCUGUGGCCGUAGGAUUACAGAUCCAAUGGAUCGCCUGGGAGGAAAAGGGUUGUGAUUCUGGUCACUGGGAGGCUGUCAGAGGUAGCAGGGCAGUGUACUACCGGUAGUCAGCAAGUCAACAUGACUCGUCAGCGGCAGCAGGCCCUUUGCUGCGGUGUGGUUGGUGACAACGAUGUUUACCUCUGUCGUGUGCCAUAUUUGCAAUAUCAGAGGAGAGGAUACUCCCUGUGGUCGUCGCGUUGGUUUGUUCGCGUCAGCGUCAUGAGAAGCGUAGUGGAGAGAGAGCGAGUGCAGAACAGAUCGAUGUCGGGGAAGGAGUGGGAGUUCUCGUACUAGAAAAGGAGGUCGUGUAAUUGCGAAAAGGAAGGAUGAAGGAAAAGAAAGAGGGCCAUCCUUUCAGCAGAGUGUGCAUUUGUUGCAUCUUGUUUGUCAGUCUCGUUCAAGGGGGGAGACAGAGGGGGUCUCGUUCAGUCCUUUGCAGCAUGCGCGCGUGUGUGCAUCUGCAUGUGCAUGUGCAACAGUGUCAUGCUGCGUCUUUAGGUUGGGUCGAAGUAGGCAUGGUGAGGAUUGAAGGUCAACCCAAGAGGAGUGAAUAGUUAUUCAAUACAGAAGUGAGAACUAGAUUUCAUCCGGCGUCUAUUCGUCACGCCUCUAGUAAAGGGAAGUAGGUUGGCUAUGGAGAUAGACUUAUGGACAGCGACUGGGAAGGACUAUGGGAUACCAACACAGUAGCGUGAGUAGCCAGUUUAGCAGUAUUAAGGGUUCAGCCUCCUGAUGAGUCGGUAAAACUCCGACUAAACAGUUUGUCGCGGCGCCUCGUUUGUUCUCCUCUUCGUCCUCUCUGCCUACGGUUUACCAGGCAGUUCUGUUUGACGAUACUAUAGACAGAGUAUAGACAGAGCCAUAGGCAGUCGUACCUGUUGGAGAUUUUCGGUCUGUGGUGUAGCAUUCAGUCUGUGGUGGGAUGGGGUUUGGGAGGUGCUCUCUGGUUUCCGCACUUAAGUCGC